GGAGAGGAGCCGGUAUACCUGUGCAAGACUGAAGGGGAGGAGCCGGUACACCUGUGCAAGACUGAAGGGGAGGAGCCGGUAUACCUGUGCAAGACUGAAGGGGAGGAGCAGGUACACCUGUGCAAGACUGAAGAGGAGGAGCUGGUACACCUGUGCAAGACUGAAGGGAAGGAGCCGGUACACCUGUGCAAGACUGAAGGGGAGGAGCCAGUACACCUGUGCAAGACUGAAGGGGAGGAGCCUGUACAACUGUACAAGACUGGAGGGGAGGAGCCAGUACAGCUGAGCAAUACUGGAGGGGAGGAGCCA